UAAAUAAGUUUCUGUCUGCCAACCUUUUUUAAACUGCUUUAUCCCCCAUUCACUUCAUCAUCAACUACCACCUUCCCUCAACAUCAUCAUGUCUGAAGCUCGCAUUGCUGCCGUCAAAAUCACCAACAACUCAUCUCUUUCUCUCGAAGAAUACAGAAGCCGCAAGGUUGCCCUUAUCACUGGUGUCACUGGCCAGGACGGUUCGUACCUGACUGAAUUCUUGCUCGACAAGGGUUACGAGGUUCACGGUAUCAUUCGCCGUUCGUCCUCGUUCAACACUGGCCGUAUCGAACACAUCUACAAGGACAGACAUGACCAAGAUGUCAAGUUCUUCCUUCACUACGGUGAUUUGACCGACUCGACCUGCCUUGUGCACAUCAUCUCCCAGGUCCAGCCUACCGAGGUAUACAACUUGGCUGCUCAGUCGCACGUCAAGGUCUCCUUUGACAUGUCUGAAUACACCGGUGAUGUGGAUGCCCUUGGUACUUUGCGUCUCUUGGAUGCCAUCCGCACUUGCGGUUUGAACGACCGUGUGCGUUUCUACCAGGCCUCGACCUCCGAAUUGUACGGUAAGGUCGUCGAGACCCCACAAAAGGAAACCACGCCCUUCUACCCUCGUUCGCCCUAUGGUGUCGCCAAGCUGUACGGUUACUGGAUCGUCGUCAACUACCGUGAAUCCUACGACAUGUAUGCCUGCAACGGUAUCUUGUUCAACCACGAAUCCCCCCGUCGUGGCCGCACUUUUGUCACUCGCAAGAUCUCGCGUGCCGUUGCCGAUAUCCACUUGGGUCGUCAGGACUGUCUUUACCUGGGUAACAUUGAUGCUAAGCGUGAUUGGGGUCACGCCCGUGACUAUGUCGAGGGUAUGUGGUUGAUGCUCCAGCAGGACAAGCCCGACGAUUUCGUCUUGGCUACUGGUGAAACCCACACUGUCCGUAGCUAUAUUGAAAAGGCCUUUGCUGUCACUGGUCGCAAGAUCGUCUGGGAAGGUGAAGGUGUCAAUGAAAUCGGCAAGGACGCAGAGACUGGCAAGGUCCGUGUCCGUAUCGAUCCCAAGUACUUCCGUCCCGCCGAGGUCGAACUGUUAUUAGGUGACCCCACCAAGGCUAACACCACUUUGGGCUGGAAGCGACAGGUCAGCUUUGACGAGCUGGUAACUGAGAUGGUUGUCGCUGAUAUUGAAGGCUCUCUGAAGAACGAUACUUACAACUAAAGAAACAAUUCCUCACCCUACAAGUCACAAAAGCAUCCCCGCAUCCGAACUUACUCGAUAACAAAACCACAGAUCCUCCUGCUCCAUCUUCUUCCAAUCUUGUCGCUUACCUCUAAACCUCUUUUUAUAUUCCUAGACGCCCCUCCAUUUUUUAUUGACUGUUCCUCCUCUUUACCCGAUUUACCCGGCUUGGCUGAACUUUGUAAAAAAAAUCUUUUUAUGUUACAUAAAAAAGAAAAAAGUAAAAAAAACGAGUCUUAUACAAAAGCCAA